GUUCUAACGUCUAACCAAUCGUUUCAACCUUUGGCCAAGUGUUUUUGACAAGUAAGAAUAUUGAAAUUAUUAAAAGUUUUAUUACUGUUUUUUUUAUAUAAAUUUUUAUUAUUUUCGCAAAAACAUGUACACUUUUGUUAAUUUCUUUUCUCAAAGUUUUUACCCAACAAAUUCUACUCUCACUCCACCUCCUUCACCAACCACUGCUUCCACUUUACAACAUGAAUGUAAAAUUUGUAAGACUUCAUUUAAAAGUCAGUUUGGAUUAAUGCGUCAUAACACUAUUGUACAAAAAUACAAUACAAGGCGCGAAGUAUUGUACGAAUUACCUCUGGAGGCAAUAAAAGAGUUCAAGGCACAGCUUGUUCAUAUUAUUCAAGGUAAACUAAAAAGACAUUUUUCUCAGUCGGGUAAACAAACUAUUUCUUUACCUUGUCUGGAAAGCUUAUUUUUUGGAGUAUUUGAAGGUUAUAUUCAUUAUUAUAGCGUUCGGACUGGUAGUUAUAAGUGUUAUUUCCAAGCUAAAUCAGAUGCUAAUCAAGAAAGUCUCUUUGAUCAAGUUGGUAAUCGGAUUCCAAAAAAUAGGUUAAAAAGAUUUAAUUUACCUAAAUUAACAGUUGAGUGGAAAUAUAAGAAAAGUAGGGAAGAUGCAAAAAAAAAUAGAACAUCAGCAGGAUAUAUUAGUUUAAGAUUUUGUGCACAACAAAUAUAAAUAUAUAUACUUAUAGAAAAUAUUAACAAA